AUGGGCGGCGGCGCGGCGCGGCUUCUGUUGGCGCUGAUUCUGCACGGAGCGGCCAGUCUGCGAAUGACGCGCGUGGAGGUGCCGUCGCCGGUGCCGCUCGGUGGACGCGCCCAGCUCUCCUGCUUCUUCCGGUUGGAGCCUGGGGAGCGCAUCUACACCGUCAACUGGUACCGCAACGGCCAGGAGUUCUACCGCUUCUCGCCUGGCGAGUCGCCGCCCGUGAAGACCUUCAGCCAGCCGGGCGUCUUCGUUGACGCGGUGGCCAGCAACAUGACGACGGUGGCGGUGGCCAGCAACAUGACGACGGUGGUGCUGCGGCCGGUGACGCUCCGCUCGUCGGGGAGGUUCCGCUGUGAGAUCGCCACCGAGGCGCCCACCUACGUCACCGUGCACGGACAUGGCGAUCUGAGCGUGGUCGCUGUGCCGACGGAGGGACCUCAGAUCUCGGGCGACCGGGAAAUGUACCGCAUUGGGGAGCCGGUGCACGUCAACUGCACCUCAGCCAAGAGUAGGCCGGCCGCCUCUCUCAAGUGGUACAUCAACAACGUACAGGCGGACCCCGACCUCGUGAGGAAGUACCCGGCCACGCGCGACGGGGACGGACUGGACACGUCCAGGACCGGGCUGAUGUUCCGCUUGCGGCCGGACCAGCUGCAGCCCGGAGGCGUGGUGACGCUCCGCUGCGCCGCUACCAUCGCCUCCCUCUACUGGAGGAGCGACGAACGACAGCUGCACGGGCCGCCGACAGAGCGCACCGCCCGAACGCGCCCGCUCACCAACGGCGUGGACCAAGCCAAACCAGGUGUUCUUCACACCGCAUCCGAACUGCUUCCGGUAUUUCUCCUGUACCUCCACCAGCUGAGUGUCACCUGACUUUACGAACCGCAAGUCACGGGACUUCAGCUGCGUACAAGGUCAACAGAGCCCCGUGAAACGCAAGACCGGCCGGACUAUAACAAGUCAUAGCACUGAGACUGGUUAUGACCAGGUGCGCCCCAUAAACUGCGAGCGACUGACCCGGUGAAACGUCACGUGACCUGCUUGACCUGUGCGUGACAGGCCGCGGAGAGAAUGACACUCGCGGUGGUUCACAUAACGUGAGUGAUGUGAAAUAUGCGAUGGCAAACGUGGCCGUGACGCGCUGGGUCACUCUCCACUAGCGGUCGGCCAUCUUACUUGACUAGUAUGUGUUGUGUCAGUCACUUUUGGCCUUCAACCAGGUCACUUCGCUUGCAAUUUCGAGCCUUAAGCGCUUGUAACUCUUAUGGCUAACGGUUACCUGUUAUUUUUGGCCUUUUAUGUGUGUAUGGCAUUAUGUGAAGUCGAAUGCCCAGCACAAAACAUUUUCUUAAUAAGUGGUCAAGUGUCUAAAGUAUGAUUGUGAUAAAUACUCUUGCGAUGAGUUUCUUUUUCCGCAAAGACCCUUUUAUCCAAAUCACGAUUUAGACCGAUGCAUUGCAUCAAUUUCACUUGAGCCUGAUUCACUUGUGUCAAGCGUAUUUAAAGAGACUGUACAGAAAAGCUUUUAAUGAACUAUUUAGCACAUUUUGGCAUACCAUCCUGAUUCAUGACGUGUUUUUUCGUUCAAUGGGACGCUGGUCUGGUACUCAUCGAGCACGUAUGACAGCCUAAUUAGAAAUCAACGUUUCAUCAUAGUCAAACUGUCAAUAUAUUGAGAACAAGCUUUCGACCUUAGCCUGCCUCAAAUUUGAGCCUUGACAAAAAAACACAUUGUCAAGCAACUCGAUUCGCGCGCCUCGAAAAUCAUGCACUGUUACUGAUGAUAGGUAGCCACAGACGAAAAUUAUUUAGCAUCCUUAUGCCAACACAAGUGUAACACACGGUCUGCUUAGAUAGAUACAUGAAUAUAUUUACAUAAUACGCUUCCACCAAUGCAUCUUAAGCAAUCCAGGUCAACUGAGACUUAAUUCACCAGUCAGCCAUAACCGUGGUCGGCUUUAUAGAAGCAUACACUAAGAAGUUUAAAUCUUUCGUCAGUAUGGUUCACGCAUACACAAUUCAUGGGGCAAUCAAAGCUGUAGUUUAAGGCAAAGCAAUAUGCGAUCCAAAAAGUCUAAAGUAAAUAUCCUUCUGCGUGUUGUUUGGUGAGCAUUUAUUCAUGUCAACUGUAAACCAACAAAGAGCUACAUGGGCCCAUCAAGGUUGGCCUACCUCAGGUUCCGCAUACGUCCUCGAAAUUAAUCUUACCACCUGACCUGUCCUGAAUUCAGGCAUAAAUGAGAUCUUUAGGACCGAUAGAACUUGUCCAAAGGAUUUUUAAACGUUGCCCAAAGGAGACUUCCUAAAACUUUGCCCGACAGUUCCAUUGCUAUAAUUCGCUUCUCCUUGACUAAAUGACAUCUGCCUCUUCAUAGUUCUACUCCUACCUGAUGCAAAAUUAAAAUGGUUUCCUAUGAGUCUCAGGCUACUCUCCAGUGCUUACAUGUAGAUCUACCCCUGUCUGUACCUUUCAUAAUCUUGAAUGUCCUCGAUCAGUUCCCUUCUAGGUCCUACCACAUUGCAGUGAAUAUAAAUCCAAGGCUGUGAGCCUAUCAUUAUAUUUUAAGUUGCCAUCCCCAUCUAUCAUCAUAGCUGCUUUUUGCUGCAUUCUUUCCAGCCUAUCUCCUCUUUGUGGAGGCAUAGGGACCAAACUUGUGCACGAUACUCUAGGUGUGGUCUGACAUAAGCCAAGUGCAACUUUUGAUAAAAUUCCCACUUUUUUAAUGGACAUUCCUGUUAAUAGGUCUAGCAUCCGAAAUGCUUUGCUCCUUGCAGCCCCACCUUGUUUU